AUGAGCGAUGAGGCUUAUUCUAUUGAUGUGCUACGUGAUGAGAAGUCACAAAAAUCAUCAUCACAUAACAUUAGUAUGAUGAAAAUCUCACCAAACGGAAAUUAUCUUAUUAGUUACAGUAAAAAGGACGAAACAAUCGUCGGGUGGAAUGUCGAAGAUAAAAAUAUAGUUGAUGGAGAGGAUAUAAAGGAGGACCAUUUUAUAACAGGAUGUGAAAAGGUUUUCCACAUGUGUGUCUCUGAUGAGAAGAUACUAGCAACAAACAUUAAAUUUGAUUAUAUAAGUAUUGUUUGUAUUUACUCAAUACAAGCUAAAAAGAAGACAUCUCAACCUAAAAAAAGUGAAUGUCAACAGAUUUAUAAGAUACCUAGAGAAGCGGAGGUCAUAAGCAUAUCAAAGCAUGAUAAAAUUUGGCUGCGUUUAGAUCACAAUAUAUAUGAAUGGAACCUUCGUACUGAUGAACUACUAUGUAACUUUAUGAAUCAUCAUCAUUGCUUGUUACUUUCUUUAUUUGAUUAUCCUUUGAUUUGGAAUUCUAAAACUAAAUGUCAUGAAGUUUGCUUCAAGAAAAAUAAUCAAUUAAACAAACUUGAUUUCAAGUUACCGAACUUAUUUUAUGAUUCUGUGUCCAAAAAUUAUAGAUUUGUAAUUGUAGAUGGACAUAUUCAGAGAAUUGAAUAUAACGGAAAAACUUCUGAAUCAUUUAAUCAGCAAGAUGAUAUUUUAGUAUAUCAAUUAGAUAAAGGUUCUAUCAUAUGGAAAAUUAAAAUUGAUGGAUUAGAGAAACAAAAAUUUAAAAUCGAGGAUACCCUUAAUAAAGAGAUGGAUAUUGAUAUUAUUGAAGAUAUACAAAAUUUUAUUAAAACGUUAUCUGAUAUUAAACAAAAUUCGAAUAAUCUUGAAAGUCGAAUAGAUAAAUAUAAAAAUCCAAUCGAAGAAUUUAUUAAAAUGAAAAGUAUGACUAAAUUGGAUAUUAAAAUUAGCCAAGCGUUGUUAAAUGAUUUUAUUGAACGACUAACUAUAAUUGAAGAAGAUAAAGAUCAUGGUAAAUGGAAAAAUAAAAUUGGGGAAUUAAUGAAAGAUUUUACUAAACGGAUAAAUAAGAUAAUGGAAUUAACGAAAGAUCCUAAUCAAUUUAAAAUUAAAAUAACCAAAACUUAUUUAGAAGUUAAUGAAGAUUUGAUUCGUUUAUUUGGCGCAGAUAAAUAUUUAAGGGAUAAAGAUUGCAACGACGAAGAUAUAGAAAAUAUCAAAAUAUCUGCUUACAAAAUAUUAAAGAAUAAAGAAAUUGCUCUGUUAACGGAAAUUGGCAUUGUCAUUUUCCAUUUAAAUAUUGAUGAAAGUUCAAUUUCUUUGGAUUAUUUUUAUUAUACAUACCAACCGGAGAAAAUUAUUGAAAAUAUCUGUAAAUUACCUGGAUACCCAAAAGUUGAUAAAAUGUGUAGAAAAGAUAACGAUGAAUUAAUUUAUGGAUGGGUUUCAUAUGUUAAAGAGAAUAAUGAAGAAUUUUUAAAUUAUGGUUCUGCACUAUUAAUGUUUGCGAUUAAAGUACACGAUUCAGAUUUAAUAGAUGGUAUUUAUCAAAGGUGUUUAUAUCUUUUUAAUCGAGAUUUAGAAAGCAAUAAAGGAUUUUUAAGCAUUAUUAAUACAUCAAUGCCAUUAUUGGAAAAAUAUUAUCCAGAAUAUAUUGCAAGAUAUUCUUCAGAUACAAACAUGAUAAUAGAUUCUGUUGAAUAUAAGAUCGAACAUCUUGAUACUUCACAUCUUUAUCCCUUUUCCAAUAUGGAAAUAGUUGAUUUAACACCAUCUAUUGCUUGGACAAAAUAUACUAUUAAAGUGGAUGACAUGUAUUAUCAUGAUGGAAGGAGAAUAAUUAAGUUGCUAACGAGGUUUUAUUUUGCAAUUCAAAUUGCAACAUUUUUUUUGACAUUACCUAUUUCUUUUCCAUUAUUUCAUAUUUUAAAUUAUUUUCAUUUGAUUAAUGAAAUUUACGUUGAUAGACUUUCUAAGUGUUAUUAUAAAUGUUAUUAUUACAUAUCCAAAUCAAUAUUUCCCGAAAAACUGAUGCCUACUGUCACUUUUGUUAUUCCUUAUAUCAAAUUUGUUAGUUAUCCGGAAGUUUAUAGUUGGUGGGAAUUAUUUAGGCCUAAACCUAGUCCAUUUGUAGAAACAAUAAAUAGAGAAAUAUAUAAAACUUGGAAUGGUGAAGCAUUAAUUAAUUUCAAGUGGAAUGCAUAUGGAAAAUAUUAUUAUUAUGCAAUUUGGAUGAAAUUUGUUGCUUUUCUUGGUUGCUUUAUGGCUGCUUCAACAUUUUCUGAAGAUCUUGUAUCUAAAGAUAUUAGAACUCGACUUUUAAUCGCCUCAAUUGUUCUUGGAUUUACUCAUUUCACUUUCGAGAUUCGUCAGUUAAUUUAUGAUCCUAUUAAAUGGUUUAUUGAUCCUUGGAACUAUUUUGAUUUGGUAGCGUUUUUAGUUCCUACUAUUACAUCUAUUUAUUGGUUAUCAUUCGAAUUAUUUGGUGUUUAUUUUGUGAUUAUCGUUAGUGUUGCGAGGAAAAUAGCUUCCUUUUUGGUUAUUUUAUGUAUUAUACUUUUGAGUUUCGCUCAUGCCUUUUUGAUUCUGUUACAACCAAGAAAGGUUUAUAGUUUAGAUGAACCACCUGCAAAUAAUGAUGAUCCGAAUAAUCCUUGGGGAUUAACUGAUAGUUAUAAUCAAGUACUAGAAAAUGGAACCAUUGAACCUAAUUCAUCAUUUGUUCAACGACCAGAUUUGAAUACAAACAUGUUUAUUGAUUACGGUACUUCACUUUUAUCAAUGUAUUUAUAUCUCACAGGCGAUUCGAAUGCUUUAUCUAACUGGGAAUAUAAGAAUAAUCCACAACUUACCAUACUAAUGGUAUUUUUCUCUUUACUAAUUGCUGUGUAUCUUAUGAACUUGUUGAUCGGAUUGCUUAGUAAUGCUAUUGAGGAAGAUAAUAAUAGAGUUUCGUAUUUUGUACAAAAGGCGAAGAUUUUGGCAGAAAUUGAAUUAUUUUACUUAUUUCCAAAUCAGAGACGUAAAAAAACCUGGUUCCCUGACGUGAUAUAUUAUCACGCAGAUGUUGAUGAGACUCGUAGAAAAAUUAAAGAACUAAUUAAAGCUGGUGAAUGGAAUUCCGAUAAAUUUUUUGAGAUGAAGCAAAAUUUAUUAAACAUGCUAAGGAUUCAGGAUAAGCAAGACAUUCAAAAGUUAGAUGCACUUAAGAAACAGUUAGAUGAUAUCCAAGAAACACUUGGAACACAAUUCAAAAGAUAA